AUGGACGCCGCGCCUUCCAAGCGUCCGGUGGCGGACCCGGAGGGCCCCAUCCUGGAGCUCUUGCGGGUCUACAAAAUUCAGAACGCUCCCAGCUACUAUGACAGUCGCAUCCGAGGCAAGGUCCAGCGCUUGGACAAGCCGCGCAUCGCGCCGCACCUCUCGCAGAGAUCCAAAGCGGGUGCUCCGAGGCCGCCCAAAGAGGCUCGAAAGGGGAAGGAAGUCUGGAACUUCAAAGAUGAGGACUUUGAACCUCUGAGACAUCUCUGGCGAGAGUACAUCCAAGACCUCAAGAUAGACAUCGAGGACCCUGGCAUGGGCACGGCGGGCACGGCGGGCACGGCUGGUAGCGAGUCCCUCUUCGCGUCCAUCGAUUUGCACGGCGCCUGCGUCGAAGUGGUCGCUGCCAAGCAACCGAACCUCCUCCGUUUGAAGGGGACGGUCAUCGAAGAGACACAAAGGUGGAGCUGGUUCCCUCGGGCCGGCUGCGUUUCCUGGGCCCCUGCCAUGGGCGACCCGGGCUGCCAUCCCGCGGCUGGAUCCCCAGUCGUCAGCCAUGACCGGAUGAGGAUCCGCCGUCCCACGGCGGGGCCGCCUUUGCGGAGGUAUCGCACGGCUGCAGUGCAGAAGCAAUUGGAAGCCCUGCAUGGCUCGCGAGCGCAGGACGCCGCCAGCUACUACCAGGGUCUCGUCACAGCUUCCUCGGAACGAACGGAUGAGGCGGCCAAGAAGGACCGCUACCAACUGGAGAAGGACGCGCCGGAAGGAAAGGGUGGAAAUGGUGCGGACCUUACGCGGACCUUUCCGGCCUUGCCUCCGCUGCGCUGCAACGAGGACAAGUCCAUCCUCACCGAGCGGCUUCGACGUAUCGUCCUGGCCUACAUCGAGCGAGGACGUUCUUUGAGCACCAACACUCGCGCAGCAGGUCUCGCCCGUGCACCGUUGGCGGCCACCACUGCCAGGCAUUUGUGGACAGAGUUUGAGGGCUCAGCAUCAGCCAAGAAGUCCUUCGGUGCCCCCACUCUGAUCCCUGAAAAGGCGCAGAACUUCAAGGCUGCAGUCGAGAGCAGCAAACAGAGCAUUGAGCGAGAGCACUGGGAUCGACAGAAGCGCUUGCAACUUGUGGAAUCGUCCAUGCAGCACUUGGAAGCUCAUGAGCAAGAGCUAUUGAAGCAAGAGUUCGAGGCGCGAGAGCAGCGCGGCGUGGUGGCGAAAUUUCGACACUGGAGCACCGCGGACUUCGAUGCCAUUGCUGUCUUGGGGCAGGGGUCCUUUGGAACCGUGUACUUGGUUCAGAACAAGGAAGAUCCCUCCCAGUACUUUGCUUUGAAGCAAAUGACCAAGCUGAGGCAUGCCAAGAAGAACCUGAAAAAGUGCGUCUAUGCAGAGCGAGACGUGCUGUCCCAAGCGCGCAACAGGUGGUUCGUGGAGCUCUUCGCAACGUUUCAGGAUGCCAAUCACAUUUUUAUGCUCAUGGAGUUUCUACCUGGCGGGGAUUUGUUCAAAUGGAUCGAGCUGAAGAACCGCUUCUCGGUGGAGGAGACCCGAUUUUACAUGGCGGAGCUCUUGGAGGCACUGGAUGUUCUGCACAAGCAAGGCUUCAUCCAUCGGGAUAUCAAGUUUGACAACAUGAUCCUUACGCCUGACGGGCACUUGAAGCUCCUUGACUUUGGGUUGUGUCGUGCCGAUCCCAUGACGGAUAUCCCUGACGAGCUGCCAUCAAGACGACCGUCUGCAAAGAGCAUGGUGCCGCGCAAGAGGCAAGAGAUGGCCACACAGGUCGGCACCGUUUACUACAUGGCACCGGAGGUCAUGCGUGGUGAGGUGAGCCCCGCCUGCGACGUGUGGGCCGUUGGAGUCAUGACCUAUGAGUGUUUGUACGGAUCACCACCAUUCCAUGCCAACGAGGAGCCAGACGAGGGCAAACGAAAACACAUCAUGCGGCAGCUGAUCAUCAACCACAAGAAGACCUUUCCUUCGCGCUUGACGAAGGCCAAGAAAUUCGGAUUCCUCACUGACGAUGCAGAGCGCUUUCUGACAGGAAUCAUUUGUGAACCGACAGUGCGACUUCCAAUCUCGCAGUGUCGAGAAGAACCCUUCUUCAAGGGCCUUGACUUCUCGCGUUUGCAUUUGAUGGAGCCGCCGAUCAAACCGGAACUCGAUGGCCCAGCGGAUCUGCGACACUUCGACGACUUUCCCUUCAAGAAGUUGCCGGACGCCGAGGUUGGCUGUGCCAAGCAGGAUCCAUCUAUGGAAUGGACCAAUUACGACUUCGAUCGCGAUGCCUUUGAAUUACGGCGACCAGAGGGUGUCAAAGAGCUGCUUGGGGUCACACAGGAGUCAACCGACGAGAAGAUCAUUGGCAUGUGA